AUGGGGAAGAAGUCGUCGCGCCCUCCAGCUUCAAAAACUGCUUCCGCAGCACAGCCCGCAGCCUCCGGAGCAACUGUCACCGGCAAAAAAUCGUCCAUCAUACGGGCUGCUUUCUCGCCAUCCGAGUACCAAUUGGCCCUCUUUGCAUCGGUUAUCCAAGGCCUUGACUCGCAACAUCUCCGCAUCCAUGAUAUUCACACCGGUGCCUUGCAAUGCGAACACAGUGUAGCUCCCAAGGAGUCGAUUACUUCUUUGGACUGGGGAUAUCUGGGUGGCCUGCGGGAUCAAGGGUCGAAGAAGAAGAGGAAGAGAAAGUCUGAUGUCAAUGGCUCCGCUGAAGACAAGUUUGGCCGUGAGGCUGUCGUUGCGUUUGGCACGAGUUCAUCUGAUAUUCGCAUGUACUCCCCUGCAGAAGACAAGGUGCUCUGUAGUCUGAGCGGUGUUCACGAGGGAGGUAUCAAGGAUUUCAAGUUUACAGCUGGAGAAUCCACAUCCCAGGGGUGGAGUAUUGGCGGCGAUAACAGACUCGUCCAAUGGGAUCUCAACACCCGCCAAAGCAUCAGAAUUAUAAAUAUUCCCACUACCUCCACAGUCUCGGCGCUCUCGCGACCACUACUUUCCAACCCUCCAGUGAUUUGCGCUACGCAGACUCCUAUGAUCCUCGAUAUCGAAAACUCUGACGCCGAAUCUCUUACCUUCCCUUCCUUGACCAAUCCCAUUCAUACUCUUAUUCCAUCAUCCACACACUCAGUCAAAGACGCCAACUUCAUUGCGGCCGAUAAUGAGCGCUAUAUUACUGUAUUUGAUCCGAAGACACUCGGAAUUGCAUACAACCUGGUUGCUGAGCAAGAAGUCGCAUCCCUCUCGUUAUCUCCGCCGGAGGAAGAAGAGAGGAGCUCAACCGACAAGCAAGUUCUCGCCGCUUUGGUUGAAGACGGCACAGUCGAGUUGUUCAACAGACCCUUCUCACAGACUAUCGCACAAAACGGCACAAAAGCCACCAGCCAGAAAGCCAGAGCAAAACAAAUGAUUCGCAAAGCCGACGCUAUACUAAAGAUAUUGAGACCGGAUACCGGAAAGGCCGUUUAUGCCGUUCAAGUAGGAUUCCAGGGACCAGAGCUAUACAUUGCGUGGGCUGAGGGUGGUGUGAACGUGAUUUUUGAGCGUGUGAGAUGGCAGGACCAAGAUACUGGAGAUCUCGCCUUCUCGGGUGCAACUGAGAUUACAGCGCGCAAGUCUGCGUCGGCGCUCAAGUCUGCCGCCGUGAUUGAGGAGCAACAGGCUAGCAAGUCGUACGUCAACGAGAACAGCACUAUUAUCGAGUCGGGUCUUUACUCUGAAGAUGUCGAGAUGAAUGAUGCACAUGUCGAAGAUGAUGCAGUUUCGAUAUCGGACGCCGAAGAACAUUCUGACGUCGAGAUUGAGACGACCCAGAAGCGUCAAACCAAGAAAGUCAACGGUAUCAACGGAACUAAUAAGGAUACGGAUAUGCAAGAUACUACCGCGGAACAAGAUGAGGACGAGGAUGAUGAAGGAGGGGAGCUCACAUUCGGCGAACUCGUCCAAAGGAGCUCAGCAAUCGACGUGGAGGCCGAAUUGGAUGAUCACGCCGGCGCUGGCGCACUAGUACCUGGCCUAUCUAAUAACACGAACCAAACCGUUGCGCAGAUUCCAUCGGGCGUAUCCCUAUCCACGGUUCUUACUCAAGCCCUCAAAACGAACGACUCGGAAAUGCUAGAAUCGUGCUUCCGUACCUCAGACGUCAACAUCAUCCGCGCCACCGUGCAGCGCUUAAACUCCGCGCUAGCAGGCGCCCUGAUCCAACGACUCGCAGAACGCAUGGCAUCCCGACCAGGCCGAUACGGACAUCUACUCGUCUGGGUCCAAUGGACCUGUAUCGCGCACGGAGGCGCCAUCGCCGGCAACACCGAGAUCCUCAAGCGCAUGACCACACUCUACAAAGUCAUGGAUCAACGCUCCCGCAGUCUCCCAUCUUUGCUCCUACUCAAGGGCAAACUCGACAUGCUCGACGCUCAGAUUAAUCUUCGACAGUCAAUGGCCGAUAGCAGGAAACACGGCAUGGACGACGGCGGUGAGUCCCUGGAACACAUCACUCAUUAUGCAGGCGUCAGCAACGAUGACAGUGACGCCGAGCGACGCCGUAAGCGCAAGAAGACAUUGUCAUAUAUUAAAUCGAAAUCAGCGCUUGACGGCGGCGACGACGAAGCCGAUGAAGAUGACGAGAUCGCUGACGAGGUUGGCGGACUUGCAUCCGACUCCGACGAGGAAGAAGGGAGCGAAGAAGACCUGGACGAAGAAGGCGGUGACAUGAUUGACAUCGAAGCCGAAGAAUCUCUUGACGACGAUGAUGACGACGAUGACGAAGACGAAGAAGAAGAUGAUGAUGAAGACGAAGAAGAAGAUUCAGACGCAGCAAGUGACAUGCGCGACUUCAUCGCCGACUCCGAAGACGACGAAGACUUAUCCGCAGACGAAGCACCCGCAAAAAAAUCCGCACCACCACCAUCAAAGAAGUCGAAAUCGAAUUCUAAAUCGCGGCGCUAA